AUGGCGGGUGUAAAUCAGAUGUCUGUCUCAGCUGGCGCCGAUGGCAUGCAUGGUCGCAAACGCAAUACGACCAUUGCGGGGAUGGACAGUUCCCCGGGGAGUAUUGAUGAUAUGGAAGACAAUGAGUCGCGCGAGGAAAAGAGACGUCAGCCGGUGAAGCGCGCAUGCAACGAAUGUCGGCAGCAAAAGCUCCGAUGCGAUGUCAUUCAAGAUCCAUGGACAGAUUGUUCGCGAUGCCGUCGAUUAAGGCUUAGUUGUAAAAUCGAGUCGAACUUCAAACGUGUCGGAAAGCGCAGCCGCAAUGCGGAGAUGGAGAGGGAAAUCAUGGAACUCAGGAAGCAGAUUGCUAGUGGCCAAAACGUGCCCAGGAUGUCUCAGAAGCAACAAGCGUUGGCCGACCAAUUGACUCCGAAACAAGAGUCCAAUCAAGUCAGUCCUGCGGUUUAUCAAACCCCGUCAGCCAUGUCCGCAGAUCAGUAUAUGGGAUCUCAAGAAGCCGUUGCAUCUCUGCUGGACCUACGCUCGGGCUUCGAUGGUUCCAACUUUAUGAGGAACGGGGUACAAAUCAAACGCAUCGAGGAUGUCAUGGUCGUUCCUGAGAAGGUGUCGGAAUUGUUCAAUUUAUUCUUCACAUAUUACCACCCGUUCCUCCCAUUCUUAGAUCGGACGCAGUCUCCUGAUGAAUACUACAAUGCUUCCUCAUUGCUUUUCUGGACGAUUAUCAGUGUCGGUGCCCGACGCUACCAAGGUGAUUCGAAUUUGUUGACUGCUCUCGCGGGUCCCGUCACCCGGCUAGUCUGGAGCACUCUGGCAGAUAUUCCCCAAAGCUACCAUGUCGUGAAGGCUCUCGCUUUACUAUGCUCAUGGCCUUUCCCCACAAGCAGUACUUCGACCGAUCCAACUUUUAUGCUGUGUGGAAUGAUGAUACAAGUUGCUAUGCAACUAGGGCUCCACCGGCCUUCUCAUACCCAGGACUUUAGCAAGUUCAGAGUGGAACUCAUUGAAGACGAGCUCAGAGACAAGGUUCGAACUUGGGCCAUCUGUAAUAUUGUUGCUCAGAGGCGAAGAUUGGAGAUCGAAAUGUUUUGCGACCGGAUUACCCGAGCGCUUUAUACAAAUCGACGCGAUCCCGUUGGUUUAACCAGUGAUCACGAGCGAUCCACAAUGAUCUCCUUUUUGUCGCGAGACUUUGAGGAGUUAGAGGAACAGCUGAAAUCACAGAAUGACUGUAUCACUGACUUGUUUCUGCGUGCUGCGAACCUUCACCUGCACCUUUCGGCAUUCUUCGACGAGCCAACAGCCAAAAAUUAUCGCGAACGAGUCUUAUCUCUGUAUGUUGCGACGACAUCGUUCCUUGAAUUUGUCUUGAAACUCGAGACGGAGGUUGGCCCAGCCAUCUCCUAUACACCGUACUAUAUCUACCAGAUGAUGGUUGCUGCUGGUUGCACUCUUUUGAAGCUUUGCAAGAGCUUCUUCGCCUCUCACAUCGACAUGGAAUAUACCAGGAACCUUUUCAACCGCACAAUCUGGGCCAUCCGGGGAGUUUCUGCGUCCAGCAACGAUCUACCCGAACGACUUGCCGAGGUGUUAGCCCAGAUGUGGAGACUAGGAGGCGCCACUCAAAGAUCCAACAAUAGUACCGAUCUCGACGAUUCUCUCCGACUCAAAGUGCGCUGCCGGAUGAGUAUGUCUCUACUGUUCGACUCCGUGUGGCGCUGGCGGGAGGAUGCGCGCACUAAAGGCCGAAAUAUUGAAGCCUAUCUGCAAAACCCGACAAAUCCUGACUCGGCAGCUGAUUCUUCGGCCACCCCGUCUGUCGGGCCUGUGCACCCAUCUACAACCACUCCCGGAAUCUCUGGGAAUGAUCCAAGCCUUGCACCAGCACCGCUACUGUCACAGGCUAGCCUUGGGAUCCAAGCACCUGCAGACCAGCCCAACGGUCUUCCAAGCGGCUUCAUGGAGCCUAACUAUGAAGUAUUCGAUCCGUUGAACUGGUUACUCGACGGCCUGGUAGACUUGCCAUAUUCAUACUCAACAGUGGGUGAAAUAGAGCCCCAGACCAUCGUAUAG